UCUUCCACUAAUGCAUCUGCCAUUUCUGCGAGACUUUCCGGAGACCUCUCGCGAAAACGUACCCUUCUCCCUGAUUCAUCCCACAAAUGUUCUAUAGGAUUCAUAUCGGGGCUUCUCGUAGGCCAUUUUAAUAUGGUAAUACCAGUUAGUAGCUUCUAAGAAGUUUCGCACUAUAUUGCUGCGGUGUGUGGUCGGGCAUUAUCCUGCAUCAAUAUAAAACUAUUGCCCACUAACUCUGCAUAAGUUAAGACAUACUGCUCUAAAAUGUCAAUGUAAAUGUGGGCAUUCAUCGACUGCCUCACCGGAAAAACAUUAAGGGGUGUCUUUCCAUUGAAAUCCCUCCCCACACCAUAACGGACCCACCAUUAAAACUUUCGCAUUAUGUUAUUAAAUUUUGAUUAAACCGUUCACCAGUUCUUCUCCACACUCUUUUUCUUCCAUCCACCAUGUUGAGGCAAAACCUUGACUCAUCCGUAAACAAGACAUUCGACCAUUCAGGAAUAUUCCACUGUCCAUAAUUUUCAACAAAAUUUCUUCUAGCAGCACGAUGUUCGGGCAAUAAUUUGGGACCUUUUGCAGGUUUCCUAGCUUUUAAAUUAACUUCUUUUAGACGUCUACAUACCGUCUGCUUACUUACUGCAACAUCACGAAUUUGGCGAAGAUCUUAAUUGCUGAACAUUUACCGCAGUAUUUGAUCGAUUCCGUAAAAUCCGCGAUCAUCUCUUGGAGAAGUUUUUCGGGGGCGACCAGAACCGACCCUCCGAGCGGUGCUUCCUGUAUGUUCGUACUUGCGGAUUGCUCUACGAGCAGUUGCUUCAUGAACUCCCACUGCACGAGCGGCGUAACGUUUACUACGCCCAUCGUUUACUAACGCAACUAAUCUUGCUACUUGUUCAGGAUUUAUUUGAGGCAUUUUAUGUAAUUUUAGUCAAUAAAACAAGACACUUAAUUAAUGACACAACGACAAAUGGUCAAAUAUGGAGGCAUACAACAAAUUAGUUGCUAUGGCAACGGCAUUUGUUUUUUAAAGACAAUGUGAUCCUACCAGAGUACAACCCAAUCAAUUUUGAGUACUCUGAUCCUUCAAUAUAUUCAAUUUGUGGGAUAAACGUAAGGUAUCAGCAAAAAAGCUGUAAUUCGGAAAAUUUUAGAGAUAAAUCAAUGAAUAAAAUAACAAAAUGCUUUCAAAAGAAGCCUCUUUCGUAUAGGGUGUAAGCACUUUGUAUACCAUUACUCAAUUAACACACAGGGUGAGUCAAAAAUUAAGAAUAAAUCAUGGUUCGAGUUAUUCCACCACCAUCAAGGAGGCUUCGAAAACAUUUUCACCUCUUUAUUUUUUUUAAAGACAAAUGCAUUACCUACCAACAAAUAAAAAAAAAUCGGCCUACUAUUUUUUUUUAAGAAGAUAGGUCAAAUAUCAAGUGCGUCACUUUUUUUGGAACUGAGUGUAUGUCUAUCGAUCGUCAUUACUAGGCCAACGAUGAAUAAACAAUAAGUGGAAUUACUGCUUCGCCAAUAAUGGCAUUAGGUCGGCCAACGGUCACUUUUGUAAUUAAUCAUUAAGAAGUGCCAAUAUUAUGCUAAUGAUAAUCCACUAGAGUGACAUUACUUGAAAAAUUAUGGCCCGCCCAUGUAUCAAUGUUUGCUAGGAAAUUAUGUCGUUGAAAUGUAGUGUAACCUUGGGUGUGUACUGUGUAAACCUAUGCCGCUAAAAGUUCGUUAUAGGUAAUGAUGAAGCGGAACCAAGGCCAAACGGAACAAGCUGAACAGAGCCGGCAAACACUGUCAACAAAUGAUUAUUGACGAAUGUUCAACGAAGCCGGAAGCCGCAGUUUCUAUGAUCGAUUCGUACACCUAUCACCUAUACGACCUAUACCAUCGACUUUCAACAUUCAGACUGUGUUUUUAGAUACAUGUAUAUACUUUUGCAUUGAAACUGAACAUUUAUCAUUGUAUCAGCUUGUUCAUUAUUUGAUUUCGAUAAGAAGAACAAGUCGAAUAGUGUACCUACUCUCUGUGUUAACAGAUAAGAACCGCUAUAUCAUGACAAUCGACUUCUACUAUCUACCUGGUAGUGCACCUUGCAGAAAUGUUCUUCUGGCUGCAAAAGCUGUUGGAGUGGAACUCAACCUCAAGUACACAGAUAUAAUGAAAGGGGAGCAUUUAACCCCAGAAUUCAUCAAGAUCAAUCCCCAACACACUAUACCUACCCUAGACGAUAAUGGCUUUGCCAUAUGGGAAAGUAGAGCCAUCAUGACAUAUUUGCAACAACAGUAUGGGAAAGAUGACAGCCUAUACCCCAAGGAUCCCAAACGAAGAGCCUUGGUUGAUCAACGAUUGUACUUUGACAUGGGUACUCUAUACAGUAGUUUCUACGAAUAUUAUUCUCCCAUUUUCUUCGGAGAUGGAAAGAGUGACCCAGCCAAAUUCGAAAAAGUCAACGACGCCUUCAAAUUCCUGGACAUCUUCAUCGGAAAUAACGACUACUCCACCGGUAACAAUCUCACUCUUGCCGAUCUGGCAUUGGUCUCAACCGUUUCGACCUUCGAGGUGAUGAACUAUGACCUUUCUCCCUACAAGAACGUAUCCAGAUGGUUCGCCAAGGUCAAAGCAACGGCUCCCGGUUACGAAGAAGCUAAUGGGAAACCAGUGCUGGCUUUCAAAGAGCGUGUUGACUCAUUUAUCGAAAAAAGGAAUAAGUAGAAAUAAGUUAUUGAAAUAAGUUUAAUACUGUCUGUAGGCUCUGUAAAGGUGGGAACAGACCAAGCAAAAAUUGUUGUGCAACAGUGGAACAACACUCGAGAAACACACAAGUUUACACAGUGUGUACGUGUUGCGCAACAGUUGCACAACACCCAGGCAACCAGAUGACGUUUCAGUGACGUCUUUUUACGUCAGUUGAAUGACCAAGGUGAAGUCAGGACUUGACGUCGUAUGACGUGAUAAAUGACGUGAAAAAGUCACAGCCCAAUGACGUCAUAUUACUCACGUUCAUUGACGUCAUUCACUCAUCAAACUAAAUAUCGUUUAUGCAAUGUUGAUUCUGCUUGGUGGUCCCUCCGGUGUCAUGUCCAUUCAAUCGUCUAUUCAGCAGCGAUAUCCCUCAGUAUCUACGCAUCUCCAUCAGAAUAAAAUCAGUUAUUCGUAUUCGUUUGUGUUGGCGAGAUGUAAGCAAACCAAGAACAGUUCGAUAGCAUAAAAAGGAUGUUGGCGAAUUUAGCUUCACUUUGUUGAAUAACGUAUAUUCAUGCAUUAUUUGUCACCCAACAAAAAUCUAAAUAUCAAAUUAUUGAAAAAUUUUCUGAAUGACGAAGCUCACCAAAUUGGUACGUCACACCGACGUGAUUUUUAGACGUCAUAGAUACGUCACUGCAACGUCAUAAAAGUGACGGUUUCAAUAUAGGUAGGCCUAUAUCAAAGAAUAGUAGGCCUCUCCUCUUUGCCUAUAAUAUCAAUUGUAUAUUUACAUACAGUAUGGUUGAAAAUGUAUGGAAUAAAUUCAUUAUCUCUAACGCAUAUGAAUUUGAAAAAAAUCCUGAGACAGGUCGAUUUUUAUUUUCAAAUUGACACCUCUUGAUAUACAUACGGAGUUUGUAACGUCAUCCAUGUAGUUGUGGUGGCGUCAUCGAUUAUUAACAGUUGCCUACCUGUUGUUCAACUGUUGCACAACAAUGUGUUUUGGUCUGUUCCCACCUUAACAAAACAGCGCCAGAAAAAUGGCGCGUCUGAAAUAUAUAUAAAAUAAAACAAUUUGAGACUCAAUAAUACUCUUAUACCUCAUAAUUUCAUAUUGAGUGAACACUAAAGACAAGUAAUUAAUGAACAGAACAUAAAUAGAGAACUUAUUAUCAGCAUGCCUAACAAUGUUUAUAUUAUAUUUAAACUAUACUGCUCAUAAGUAGUGCUUCACUCACUUCAAGAGUAACUUUCAAUCAGGUUCUACCACGGUUCUACAACUAGUGUAGUAGACAUGCG